CGACAACAAAGAUGGCGACCGGACCCGCGUAAAUCGGAGAUGCCAUAGAGGUCAGUUUCCUGCCUUAUGUUGUCAGUGACACUCUGUGACAGAUAAAGGUGUCGACAGCAGAGGAGCCAUGGCUUUUGAGGAGAUCAAGACUAAAGGAGGAAUGGAUUUGGGGAUGGAAGGAGAGCGGGGCCUUGUAGCUGGUCGCAGCCAGAGAGAGAAGAGGAGGUCGUACAAGGAUCUUUUAAGGGAGGAAGAGGAGAUCGCUGCUCAGGUCCGAAAGUCUUCCAAAAAACGCCCCAAGGAUUCAGAGCUGUUCAUGCUUGGAGGGGACUCACACAAAAAGAAGAAGAAACAUAGUGACGACUACUAUUACCGGGACAACGAUGGUUCGGGUCCUCCUCCCCACAAGAAAAGGCACAAGUCUGCAGACCGCUCCCCUCCUCUCUCGUCCCCGUCGUCCCACCCCACAGACACAGCGAUGGGCCUCCUGCAGGCUAUCACCUCGCCACUGGCCACGGGUUCAGACCCCAGCCCGCACUUGCACAAGAAACCCUCCUACCCGCCGUUCUCCUCGCACUCCUCCAAGGACCGCAAACGUGAGAGCAGCAGCGGCAGCAGCAAAGGAAGCCACUCCUUCUCUCACUCCCGCCCCGUGUCUUCAUCGUCAUCUUCCUCCAAGAAGCACUCUUCCUCCUCCUCCUCAAAGUCGUCUCUGUUCCACGGCGGAGCUCCCAAAGAGGAGCCGCUGACAUUACGCGAGGCUGACGGGCUGAAGAUGAAGCUCAUCAUGUCGCCUGAGAAAGAGGAAGGCGAGAGCUUCCCGUUCACGCCCCACUCAUCCAAAGGAGGCGGGAAGAAGGAGAAGGAUCGAGACAGGAUGCAGCUCUCAAAGACGCCCAAGAAGAAACUCCAGCAGAGUCGAGACCCGCUGCCCGUGGUGGGCAAAGAGGUGGAGGUGGAAGGUCAUUACGGAGGUGGCAUGGGAGACGACAGCUCUUCAUCUGGCGGUGAGCUGGAGGCGGGCGAACUGGUUAUAGAUGAUUCGUACACACACCUGUCAAAAAAGAAGAAGAAGAGCAAAAAAAGCAAGAAGAAGAAAGACAAAGAAAAAGACAGAGAUAAGGACAAAAGCGGGAAGGACAAGAAGCACAGCAAAAGUUUUGGAGACUCAUCGAGGGACCACAGUCACUCCCAUCCCACUGUCACUCACAGCGCUGUCGGUCCAAUGUACGCCAUGGGCACGCCCGUCCCCCCACACCACCACCAAGGCAACGAUGGAGUGACAGAGAAGAAGAAAAAGAAAGACGACAAAGAUCGGGGAAAGCACAAGAAGGACAAAGAUAAGCCCAAGAAGAAGUCGAUCAUGACAGCCUAUCAGGUGUUUUGUAAAGAGUACAGGGUCAACAUUAAUGCAGAACAGCCGGGACUCGUCUUUGGUGAGCUAAGCAAAAAGUUGGCGGAGGUGUGGAAGGGGAUGCCAGAAAAAGACAAGCUGGUUUGGAGGCAGAAGGCUCAAUAUCUGCAGCACAAACUGAACAAAGCUGAAGCCACAACAGUCAAACACAAGAGUGCCGCCGAGGGCAAAAGCAAAGUUGUAGGAGCGGCCACAGGGAUGGUGUCACCGAACAGAGCGCCGGGCACUUUGUCCCUGUCCCCCGCUCGAGUCCCCGAUGUCGAUCCCAUCGAUGCAGCAGCUCACCUGCAGCUGCUGGGAGAGUCCCUGUCCCUGAUUGGACAUCGGCUACAGGAAACAGAGGGGAUGGUGGCUGUAUCCGGGAGUCUGUCUGUGCUUUUGGACUCUAUCUUGUGUGCGCUGGGGCCGCUGACGUGUCUCACAGCACAGAUACCACAGUUAAACGGAUGUCCUCGAAACGUCCUGUCGAACACGUUGGACAACAUCGCCUACAUCAUGCCUGGACUGUGAGUAAAGGCUGAUAAUCAGAGUCAACAGAUUUGACUGGAGCGACUUUAACAGGAGUGACCCUCGGACUUUAAUUUAAGCCACUUACUUGGCAUCUGAAAACUUGGAUAUUUCUAGCAUCGACAUGUUUUUAAAGUAUUUUUUUAAAAAACCUUGUUCUCUUAAUUUUCUAAUUGUUAUAUUUUUAAAUGAAACAUUUUACUGAACAUGUUGAGGUCUCUUGGCAUGUCAGCUUAGUUUAACUCUUAUUGUACAGUGUGCUGUUGUGUGAAUGAGUGUGUGUAUGUAAUGUACCGAGUGCGUGGGUUUCAGAUGGUGCUGGUCCGCGUGUCCCGUACAAAUGGGAGAAAUUCCAGUCAAAUGUUACGUUUAUUAAGCUAAAAAUUAAUCAAUAAUAUGUAAACAAACCAUGUACCUAUCAGCUGUGCGCUCGAGAUCUGAUCGGAGACAUAACCACUUAAAUGGGUGAGUACUCGCUAUCUUACUAUGUUUUUAAACAGAAAUCCAGGGUUGGGUGCUGUUCACCUUUAAAUCGAUGCCUGUACCUGUAACUUUUUUCGAUACUUGACUUUCUCUGUGAUAGCAAAGAUGUAACGAGCUCGAGGGGUGACGCAGUAGACAAAAACGCAAUUCUGCUACUUUCUAAUCACAGUCUGUCUACUUUGAUGUGCGUCCGCUCGUCUAGCUGUGAUACUUGACUUUUAAUAAAAUAUUGUAGUAAUGAAAAUAGACCAGAUGCUGAAACUGCUGCAGCAGAUCAGCGUCACAGCGGGGAAACGCCGACGGCUGACUUCGAUAAAGCCAACAGGAAGUAGGUUGUUAUUAGUCAUUUACCUGAAACUUUCAGGUCCAGCUGUCACCUUAUUUAGGUUUUUGUGAUGAAAUGAGAAGAAAUCAUACAGAUGUUUCCUCAUUUUAGCUUCACGAAUCCGCUUUUCCUCGUCCACUGUGGUGCUUUCAAAGCAAGAGGCAGGAAUAAAUAGAAAUUGCAGUUAAAAACAUCGGCGCCGCUUCGCUCACGUUCAGUUCAGACGUUCCAAAAGAAAAAAAUCGGGUUGAUUUUGACGCUGAAGCUCACUUGAGUCACGUUCAGUUUGGACGUGAAGCAAAUUAUGUUCAGGAGAUAUUAUGACCAAAAAGAUUUUGAUAUUGGACUGAAACAGAUGUUCUCUGUCAAAAAGUGGUAAUAACAGGAUAACGAAACCCUGCUGAGUGUGUGCGUGCGUGUGUGUGUGUGUGUCUGUGUCUGUGU